AUGCCCUCCUCCACAGAGCCCACCUUCCAAACCGCCCUCCUCGCGGGCGGCCUCGCAGGCACGACAGUCGACCUCUCCCUCUUCCCCCUCGACACCCUCAAGACCCGCCUCCAGUCCUCGGCCGGCUUCUUCCCCUCCGGCGGCUUCUCCGGCAUCUACCGCGGCAUCGGCUCCGCCGUCGUGGGCUCCGCGCCGGGCGCCGCCUUCUUCUUCUGCACCUACGAGUCCGCCAAGUCCCUCCUCGCCCGCCGCUCGCCCCUCGACCGCGACAGCCCCCUCGUGCACAUGCUCGCCGGCAGCGCGGGCGAGGUCGCCGCCUGCGCCGUCCGCGUCCCGACCGAGGUCGUCAAGCAGCGCGCCCAGGCCGGCCUGCACGGCGGCUCGAGCCGCGCUGCCCUCGCCGCCAUCCUGGGCCGGUACCACUCCAGCGGGCCCGGCGCCGUCUGGCGCGAGAUGUACCGCGGGUGGGGGAUCACCGUCUUCCGCGAGGUGCCCUUCACCAUGAUCCAGUUCCCGCUGUGGGAGGCCAUGAAGGCGUGGGGGAGGAGGCGGCGGCAGGGCGGCCACCCGCAGGCGCAGCAGGGUGGGAGUGUUGGGCUCCCAGACGUCCCGGCGUUGGAGAGCGCGCUGUAUGGGAGCAUUGCGGGGGGUAUAUCCGCGGCGCUGACGACGCCGCUGGACGUUCUCAAGACGCGGGUCAUGCUCUCCGAGAAGCGUGUGUCGGUCUCCCACGUCUUCUCACAGAUUGCCCGGAACGAGGGGUUGCGGCCGUUCUUCGCGGGCGUGGUGCCCCGAGUAACCUGGAUUUCGAUCGGUGGCGCCAUCUUCCUGGGAAGUUAUCAAUGGAUCAUCAACACCAUGACGACCGUCUUAUGA